CUGUUUCGGUUCGUGCGAGGUUUGCGAUGAUAAUUGAUGUUCUUUUUGUGAUUUUGUGCAAAAUCGCCGCCACAAAAUACGUGGGUGACAAAAAUACGUUCCUGUGCGUGGACGAGUCGGUGUGAAGACCGUGCUUUCAGUGCGCCCUUGGCAAAUUCCUUCUCGAUGUGGACCAGCGGAAAAAUGGGCAAUGUAAUCGAAGGCUGCUGCUGCUGACGGGUUUUCCACGGAUCCUCGGCCCUCUCGGUGUACUGUGUGUGGCUUUACCCCUUUCGUUACGGUCGUCUUGUGGAGGAGAAGUGGAGCAGAAGCGGUCCGCUCCUACCAGCCUCACCCAUAGGGCGGAGGUAGUUUUUCCGCCGUUCCGCGCGAUUCGCCUCCGAUAACGUGAUAGUGAGAUAGGCAAAACGUGACCGAGAUGUUCAAGAAGUUGAAAGAUAAAAUCGCCGAGGAGGUGAAGCAGUCGCCUCAGCGGUUUGAGCAAAUUUCCAAAGGACUGCAGGCCGCGGUGAGCUCGGCAUCAUCAACUACCUCGGAAGUGUCGGGAAGUGAAAACUUCUUCAGUAUCACAGAAGAUGAUACACCACAAAACUCACCUCUGAAAGGAAACAAUACAACUCCACCGACCCUGCAACAGUCAUCUUCCGCGGCCAACACUUCCGCGGGUAGUUCAAUCAUGUCGACCUCAUCCAGUCUGAACAAUGGAACAUCGCCAUCAAUGGCAAGUGCUACACCAAGCUCUGCGGCUUCUCUGCCAAAUCACCAACAGCAGCAGCGAGCUCGUCGUCUUUCCAACUCUUCGAUGGCUAGCGACGUGUCGUUUCGGCUCCCGGCCUACGAUUCACCGGCGAUCUAUCAUCUCGAAACGGACGUGGACGUGUCGGCGAGUGAAACUGAAUCGGUGGCCGGCACUGUCGGUGGUAGCCCCAAUCAGCUCGAUCUCGUGAGCAAGGAUAAACUGUUCCAGGCGUACAAAAAGGCACUCGAUCGGUAUCAAAAGUAUCGCGAGCGGUACACGGAGCUAGCUCGCCGUUACCGUGAGCUUGAGAAAGAUAACACCAAGGCUCGGGCCGUGUUGGUAGAAACACAGGACAAAGCGCUACGGAGGAUGAGUGAGCUGCGGGAACAGUGCGUACUGGAGCAGCAAGCGAAGGCUCAUCUCGAUUCCGCUCUACGCAUGGAGAUCGAUGAGUUGCAGUGUGUGGUGAAAACCCUUCGCUCCAAACUCGAGAUGGUGGGUGAGAAUGGCAAUGGUACUGGUACCGGAGAGCAGGAUCUAAUCUCGCUGUCCGGGCUGGAAGAUGGAACCAAUGGUAAUGGAGUGGUGCGCGACACCAGUGCACUCGAGGAACGGAUUAAAGCCCUGGAAUCGAAGCUCAACGAGGAGCUACGCCAGAAGGCCGUGCUCAGUUUGGAGGUGAGCGAGUUGAAGAAGCGAGAGGAAGAACACACGAUCACAAUCGCCGAGAAUAAGAUGGCGAUCCAUUCGGAGCUCGAAGCGAAGGAGGCGGAAGUGCGCAAGCUAAAGGAACAGCUGACCUCACUUGAGAAGAACAUGAAGCAAACGCUCACCGAAAAGGAUGGCCUCGGGAAGGAGCUCGUAGAGGUGCGCAAGGUGGCGAGCAAGGUGAAGGAGCUCGAAGGGACGCUCAGCUUGUGCAAUGAGCAGAAGAACAAGCUGGAAUCAAAGUUUAUCGAUUUCGAGCGUACGAUCAUGGAGCUUGAGAAGGAUAAGCAGCAGCUAAAGGCAACCAAUCUGACGCUCGACUACGAGAAAGGUGAGCUGCAGAAAAAGUUGGGCGAAUCGGAAGGCAAGCUGGCAACGCUCACAGAGGAACAUGGUUCUCUAUCGACGCAACUGAAAAAUCUGGAACAGACGACCGCCCAAUCACUGAGCAACACAUCGGAACUGGAAUCCCUUAAGCAGCAACUGGAAGAAGCGAAACAACGAGCAGAGACUUCGAGCGAAACAGUGGCCACCAUCGAGCGGAGGAUAACGGAAAAAGAACAACAAUCCGCGGCUUUGCAAUCGGAACGCGAUGAGCUGGAGCGCAAAGUGCAACAAACGGAGACCCUGCUACGCGAGCGCGAAAAGGAAAUCGAACGAUUAGAGCAGCAGCAAAGUAAGAGCACGCAAGAGGCUGAGCAAGGCCAGCAGGAGACCACCAAGAAGUUACAGCAAGCAGAAGACGAACUUGCUGCUUGUCGUAAAACACAAUCGCUCGAUCAGGAGAAGCUGCUCGAGCUGACGAAGGCCCUGGACGCGGCAAAGGAGCUACACGAUCGGGACCGAAAGAGUAAUGAAGCGAGCCUGAAGGAUGUGUUCGAGCGGAACAACGAACUGUCCGAGCAGCUCGACCAGUUCAAGGAGAAGCUCGAGAAGUUGAAUGCCAAAUUCAAAAAGUUGACCGAAGAGAAAAACGGGUUGCGAGCGGCCAACGAGGAACUAUCGGCGGAGCUGAAACAAUCGCGCCAGGAGCUGAAGCAGUUGGCCAGUCAAAAGCAGGCUCUGACGGAUGAGGUGCGCAAUCUGAAGAUCAUCAAUGAAAACUCGGAAUCCGAAGCACUGCGCUCGCUGCAAGAAUCUAUGCGUUCUUCGAUGGCAGCAGCCGAGGAGAAGCUGCUUGAAACGACACGCGAUCUAAACCACGUGCUCGAACUGAAGUCCGAUGAAAACCGCCGACUGAGCGAGGAGCGCGACGAACUUUCGGAAAAGCUGGAAAACUCGCACCGCGAGAGGACCGAUCUCGAGGCGGAAGGUGUGAACCUGCGGACGAAGAUCGAGACGAUUCGCGGUGAGAAGAAGGACCUAGAAAAGACGCUCGAGCGAGAGAUACGCGAAAAGACGGAGCUUAAAACACAGGUUACGAACAUUCUGCAGGAGAUCGGUCGGUUGGAGGAUCAGCUGAAAGACGUACGUGAAGCACAUUCCACCAUUUUGGACGAGAAGCAAACGCUUGAAGAAAAGAUUGAGCGAUUACAGCGGGAACACUGUGAAUCUCGUUUGAAGCUCGAGAAGGAUACGAUCGGGAAGCUUCAAACGAAACUGAAGGAACAGGAAUCCAAGCUGCAGCAGGUGGAAUGCGAGAACUCGCAGCUGGCCGAGAAGAACUGUUUGCUGGAAGAAAGUAGCCGCAGGACGGUGGAGGAACAGAAGAAGUUGAAUCUAGCGCUGAAGGAAGCCGAAGAGCGGCUACGUACGCAACGGCAACGGUGUGAAGAGCUUGAGACGCAGGUAAAGACUGUUACAGAUCAGCUGAGCCAGUGUACGGGUGAUCAUGCGAAGUUGUUUAACGAGAAGGAGCUGCUCGAUCACCAACACCGAUCGCUGCAGGAUGCACUCGAGGCGAAGGAAAAGGAAAAACUGUGCGUGCUCGAUACGAACAAGUGUCUCGAGGAGGAACUAGCGAAGCUGCGCAGCGAGAACGACUAUCUGAAGGGAAAACACAACGAGCUGAAGGUGCUGCUCGAGAACGACAAACGAAGACUGAUGGACCAGAACGAUGCGCUGCAGAAACAAAUGGAGGAGCUGGCUCGCGAGAAACAAUCGCUCGGCCGCAAUGCUACCGAUCUCGAGAAGCGUCUCGCCAGCUACGAGGAGGUGAAGAUCGAGAAUGAGUACCUCAACACACUGACCAAGCAGCUGCAGACGGAGGUACAGGAGGUUAAAGGCAAACUCACCGCCAAGGAAAGCGAACUGGCGACCGGACGCACCAAACAAAGCCAAACAGAAACGAUGCUCGAAGAACGAGACCAAGAGAUUACGAAGCUUAUCAAUGAGUUCGUGGCGAAGGAAAGGAAACAGGAAUGGGAGCAUAAGGAACGGAUCGAGGAACUUGAAAUAAAUUACCGAACCAAGAUGAAAGCUCUGAUCGAACGACUGAAAGAGGAAGGCGAAGAAAAGUUAGAAGAGCAGCAAUCAAAUGAAAAAACACGCGCUGCCGAGCUGGAAGCAAAACUAGGGGAAGCCACUUCGACGAGGGAUACGUUGGAUGCCACGGUACGUUCGCUGCGAGAGCAAAUCGAUGGCAAUGCAGCGGAACUGGAACGGUUACGAAGCGAACAAGGUGCGGUGCAGGAGCUACGAUUAGAGAACGCAAACUAUGCCCGUGAUCUGGAUGAACUGAAGAGUGAGCUCAAUGUAGCGAUCGCCGAGAAGCUACGCCUUACGGAGGAGAAGAGCACCGAGGAGCAGCACCUAAGGGAGGACCGGCAGCGGUUAACGGUCGAGAAUGAAGAGCUAAGGACGAAGCUCGAACAAUUCAAAAUGGAAACCGAGCAAACGAUCAGCCGGUUUGAGGCAGAAAUAGAGGAGCUAAAGCGUGAGCAACCGGCGGAACAGACGGUCGUAGCGAAGGUAGAGACCGGAUUACAACAAGGGACGGCACCAGCUUCUGCAGCGGGAUACGAGGAGCUACGAAACAAGAAGGAAGAGCUGGAAAAUAAAUUGAAAAAGAUUAUGCAUGAGGUUCAGGACGUAUCGAACCGGAAUCUGUUUCUGGAGCAAAAGUGUGAAAACUAUCUCAUCCUGGAGCAAUCGAAUGAACGGCUCAAGCUGACCAACGAUAAACUGACUCGCCAGUUGGAUGAAACAUUGGUGUCGCUGCAUCAUAAUGAGGGAAUAGCGGCCAAUACCGAGUUUGAGUACUUACGAAACAUUCUUUUCCAGUACCUCAGUGGAAGUGUUACCGGCAACAAUAGUACGUUAGUGAAGGUGAUAGCCGCUGUCCUUAAAUUUUCACCCCAACAAACGCAGGUAGUAAUGGAAAAGGAAGCGCAUCGUAGAUCAUUGAUGGGCCAGAUAAACAAUUUACUAUAGCAGGAAAAGACGUUGGCCAUGCAAAAACAGCAGCAGCCGCAACAUCGGUCACAUUAUGGCUUUCAAUUCUUCUAAAGAUCGGCGCACGACAACCCCAUUUAAGCAGCUCCUUCCGGGGUAGGUUUAAAAUCAAACAAGUGAGGGGCGGAGCCUGGGGUUGCCUUAUUGUAAAUUUAUGUUGCCUCCCACAAACAUAGAGGAUGUAUUUAUAUUUGUCUUACCAUAUUUAUGCGGAACGUUGUGUUUAUCAUCCUUUCAUUUCACCAUUUUACCUGUGUUUAGAUGUUAGUGUGUCCUUUACCAUCCUACCGCAAAACGUUAAACCCCAAGGUAACUCGGAGGUACAGAUUUAUACAAAUGUAGCAAAUCGAACAGAAUCAAAGUUCCAGCGACAUUACAUUAGCAAAGUUUGAGCAAAAUAGGUUGACUAGCUAGCCAAAUAAAAACAGAAAAAGGAAAAACAAAAGAACUGGUUGCGAAAUGUUCGCGGUCUCGAGUAAACAUGUGUUCAGCUAGGGCCCAGCCGGUCGAUCAAGUCAGUGAGCAGAAGAGGGUGAAAUGAAAUUUUACAACAAGCGAAACAAAUUCUCGUAUCAGCCAACCAACUAUUAUUAACCCGUUUUGACUAGCGAAAACUACCAAUUAACCAAAUACUAGGGAAAGAAAACAAAGAAGCGUUUUGCUUCACACUGCAGAUACUGUGCGAAGUGCAAUGAUCGGAAUACAGAGACAGAGAGGUUAAUGAAACAUGCAUCGGAUUGGAGCUUAGGAGCAUAGCAACACCGAUCGGCUUGCUGCAAAUGUUUUACCAUCAACUUUUGUUACCCAAACGCAAAUCAUCGUUAUCAUACACCCAUAAUUCGGCAUUUUAUUCAUGCUGUCCCUCAUCCAAUUUCUUCACGGAUUGCAUUAUUUUUUAUUACACUUUUAUCUGUUGUUGAAAUUUCUUUUAACCCACCAAUAAGCGUGCUGGAAGGUGGUGGUGAUGGAUCGUUGCAAUAAGAAUGGAAAGAGAUUGAGAGAGUGAGAAGAAUGAACACGCAGAGCAUUAUGUUAAUUUUAUGGUUUUGAAUGUACAUUUACGGUGGAUACUAAGCUAAAACCUAGAUAUACUAAGCGAAGCCGUGGUAGGGUCGGUGCAAAAGAAGAGGGGGUUCGUGAAAGCAGUGCAAUGCGAGCUACGACAGGAAAUUAAGAAGAAAGAUGACAGAGGAAGAACAAGAGUUUUUAUCGGCCAUUAUCUCAUCUCUUUCAAAUUUCAAUACUCUCAUAAAACACACACACACAAACACACACGUUCGUUAAUUGUUCUCCGAUAGGUGUUAACUAACGCAAACUUUCCAAAAUAUUCACUCCGUUCCUCCGUUCGAGCGCCUGGAGUGCUGAGUGAGCAUAGUAGAGAGAGAGAGAGAGUCUACGAGAUUCUAGGUUUAGAGUCACCUAAAUAAAGCCAGCAUGAUGGGUAGGACCAGCUGGACAAGAUUUGUUUUCCACCUAUCGACGGAAGCAAUACACUUGCGAGGGUCGACUUACUACGAGACACGAUCGAACGAGAGUGAGUAUUCUGGGAGUUCCAUUUCAUGGUUCCAUAUGGUUCAUUCGGAAUCCAGAUAGAGAAAAACACGACACUGUACAACUUUUAAAAUACUGCACACCUUCCGAUUCGCUCUCAC